UUUGGGCUGGAAACAUGUCAUCCCCCUCCUCGCCUGCAGACGACCUCUCCCCGUGCUGAGCGGGGCUUUUUAAUGGCUCACUUCACCGCUUUCAAGCGCGCUCUCGCUUUGGAUCCAACGUCGCUCCAUUAGAAUCUCGAAGCCUCUCAAGUGGGUUUGUUCGCCGAAUUGGAGGACUGUCCGCUUUUGACACCGAGGGCUAAGAGGAGCAUGAGUGACCUACUUGUUUUUUCCUGGCAUUUGCAAGUGUAGUCAGUCGUUGGUACAGACAAAACGGGGCUCGCAGCUCUCAGCAUCCUCGCUGCCCUGCACAAGAAAUGUGUCAUGGUUUACUAACUUGGACUUGACCUGGAUGCUGUGCUGAUCGCAGCUGACAUUUUGCAAGUGUAAGGUUGUGGUAGUGGGCGUACCUGGAUGUAUCCACUGAUGUGAGUGACCAGUCAUUUAAGGCGUUUUUCAAGUUUGAAAGGUGGCCAGCACUGUGGAAGUGGUGGCUAGCAUGUCUGCUUCACAGCUCUGAGCUCAGUGAGGCCAUUCUACCCUCCAAGAUGGUGGCUUUGUCACUAAAGAUCUGCGUGCGCCAAUGCAACGUGGUCAAGACGAUGCAGUUUGAGCCAUCCACGCCUGUGUAUGACGCAUGCAGGAUAAUACGGGAACGCGUCCCAGAAGCGCAGUCUGGACAAGCUUCCGACUACGGUCUUUUCCUAUCUGACGAUGAUCCCAGGAAAGGAAUCUGGCUGGAGUCUGGAAGAACCCUGGAUUACUACAUGCUGCGAAACGGAGAUAUUUUGGAGUAUAAGAAGAAGCAAAGACCUCAGAAGAUCAAAAUGCUUGAUGGUGCGGUAAAGACCAUCAUGGUGGAUGACUCCAAAACCGUCGGGGAGCUGCUUGUAACCAUAUGCAGUAGAAUAGGAAUCACCAACUAUGAGGAGUACUCACUCAUUCAGGAGGUGACGGAGGACAAGAAGGAGGACGGGAUAGGGACACUCAAAAAAGACAGAAUGCUAUUACAACGAGAUGAGAGGAAGAUGGAGAAGCUCAAAGCCAAACUGCAUACAGAUGAUGAUUUGAAUUGGCUGGACCAUAGCAGAACCUUCAGAGAGCAGGGAGUGGAGGAAAGCGAGACACUGCUGCUGAGGCGCAAGUUCUUUUAUUCAGACCAGAAUGUGGACUCGCGGGACCCGGUCCAGCUCAACCUGCUUUAUGUCCAGGCCCGGGAUGACAUAUUGAAUGGAUCCCACCCUGUCUCCUUUGAUAAAGCUUGUGAGUUUGCGGGGAUUCAAGCUCAGAUCCAGUUUGGACCCCACGUAGAGCUCAAACACAAGCCUGGAUUUUUGGACCUGAAGGAAUUCCUGCCGAAAGAAUACAUCAAGCAAAGAGGGGCAGAGAAGAAAGUAUUCCAAGAUCAUAAAAACUGUGGAGAAAUAUCAGAAAUAGAAGCUAAAGUGAAAUACGUAAAACUGGCCAGAUCGUUGCAGACAUAUGGAGUAUCCUUCUUCCUUGUGAAGGAAAAGAUGAAGGGGAAAAAUAAGUUGGUCCCACGCCUGUUGGGGAUCACCAAAGAGUCGGUGAUGCGAGUGGAUGAGAAGACGAAAGACGUGGUGCAGGAGUGGCCCCUCACCACUGUCAAAAGAUGGGCCGCCUCCCCCAAGAGCUUCACUCUGGAUUUUGGUGAGUACCAGGAGAGUUACUACUCUGUCCAGACGACAGAGGGAGAGCAAAUAUCCCAGCUCAUUGCUGGAUAUAUUGACAUCAUUCUGAAAAAGAAACAGAGCAAGGAUCGCUUUGGCCUUGAAGGAGACGAGGAGUCCACCAUGCUGGAAGAAACAGUUUCCCCAAAGAAGUCCACCAUUUUGCAGCAGCAGUUCAACCGGGUGGGUCGGGUGGAGCACGGCUCGGUAGCUCUUCCGGGUAUUAUCCGCUCAGGGUCUGCUGGCGGUCCCGACACUUUCAAUGUGGGCAACAUGCCCUCUCCCCAACAACAAGUCACCACCGGACAGAUGCACAGAGGACACAUGCCACCACUCAAUCUAGCCCAGAAGGCCCUGAUGGGGACGAUCAACAGCAGUAUGAAUGCUGUGCAGCAGGCCCAGGCUGACUUGGGUCAUGUGGACAAUCUGCCUCCUCUUGGACAUGACCUGGCUUCCAGGGUUUGGGUUCAAAAUAAAGUGGAUGAAUCCAAACAUGAAAUCCACUCCCAGGUCGAUGCCAUCACUGCUGGAACGGCAUCUGUGGUCAAUCUCACUGCAGGUGAGCCCACAGAAACUGACUACACAGCAGUCGGCUGCGCCAUCACCACUAUUUCCUCCAAUCUGACUGAAAUGUCCAAGGGCGUAAAACUGCUCGCUGCUUUAAUGGACGAUGAGGUGGGCAGUGGACACAAGCUAAUGGGCGCUGCCAGGAUGCUGGCGGGAGCGGUGUCAGAUCUGCUCAGAUCUGUUGAGCCUGCAGCUGCUGAGUCGAGGCAGACCGUGCUGACCGCGGCAGGAAGUAUCGGACAAGCCAGUGGGGACCUGCUCCGUCACAUGGGGGAGGGCGAGACUGAUGAGAAGUUCCAGGACACCCUGAUGAACCUGGCCAAGGCUGUGGCCAAUGCAGCUGCUAUGUUGGUUCUGAAGGCCAAGAACGUGGCCCAGGUGGCCGAGGACACCAUAUUGCAGAACCGCGUGAUUGCAGCCGCCACACAGUGUGCCCUGUCCACCUCACAGCUGGUGGCGUGCACCAAGGUGGUGAGCCCGACCAUCAGCUCCCCUGUGUGUCAGGAGCAGCUUGUGGAGGCCGGGAAGCUGGUGGAUCGCUCCGUGGAGACCUGCGUCAAAGCUUGCCGCUCAGCCAGCGACAAUGGCGAGCUGCUCAAGCAGGUCGGCGCGGCAGCCGGCGUUGUGAGCCAGGCUCUCAGCGACCUUCUGCAGCAUGUCCGCCAUUACGCCAGUUGCGGCGAGCCCAUCGGACGCUAUGACCAAGCCACUGACACCAUCAUGAAUGUCACCGAAAACAUUUUCACUUCGAUGGGUGAUGCCGGCGAGAUGGUGCGUCAGGCCCGGGUUCUAGCACAAGCCACUUCUGACUUGGUCAAUGCAAUGCGAUCUGAUGCUGAGGCCGAAGUGGACGUUGAUAACUCCAAGAAGCUUUUAGCAGCAGCUAAACUCCUGGCCGAUGCCACAGCGAGAAUGGUGGAGGCGGCUAAGGGGGCGGCUGCCUACCCAGAGAAUGAAGACCAGCAACAGAGGCUCAGAGAGGCUGCCGAGGGUUUGCGUGUCGCCACUAAUGCUGCCGCUCAAAAUGCAAUAAAGAAAAAGCUGGUCAGCAGGCUGGAGAUAGCUGCUAAGCAGGCGGCGGCGGCUGCUACUCAAACAAUUGCAGCUGCGCAAAAUGCUGCCGCUUCCAACAAAAACACAGCCUCACACCAACAGCUUGUACACAGCUGCAAGGCAGUAGCAGAUAGCAUUCCUCAGUUGGUGCAAGGCAUGAGGAGCAGCCAAGCCCAACCCGAAGAACUCGGGGCCCAGCUUGCCCUCAUCAUGGCCAGCCAGAGUUUCUUACAGCCUGGAAGUAAAAUGGUGGUGUCUGUGAAGUCAGCUGUUCCGACGGUGGCUGACCAAGCUGCUGCUAUGCAACUGGGUCAAUGUGCCAAGAACCUGGCAACCUGCUUGGCAGAGCUAAGAACAGCCACCCAGAAGGUCCAUGAAGCGUGUGGCCCCUUGGAGAUCGAUUCGGCCCUCAAAACGGUUCAGACGCUCAAAUGUGAGCUGCAGGACGCCAAGAUGUCCGUGAUUGACGCCCAACUCAAACCGCUCCCUGGGGAAUCGUUGGAGAAGUGUGCUCAGGAUUUGGGAAGCACGUCAAAGGCUGUUGGCUCUUCCAUGGCCCAACUGCUGACUUGUGCUGCUCAAGGCAAUGAACAUUAUACAGGUGUGGCUGCCAGAGAAACAGCACAGGCUUUAAGGACACUCGCACAAGCAGCCAGAGGUGUUGCAGCCAGCACUAAAGAGCCCCAAGCUGCGGCUGCAAUGCUGGACUCUGCCCAGUGUGUCAUGGAGGGCUCAUCAAUGCUGAUCCACGAAGCCCAUCAGGCCCUGGUACAUCCAGGAGAUGCAGAAAGCCAACAGCGACUUGCACAGGUGGCCAAAGCUGUGUCGCACUCGCUGAAUAAUUGUGUAAACUGCCUGCCAGGCCAGAAGGAUGUUGACAUGGCUCUCAGGAGCAUCGGAGAAGCCAGCAAGAAACUGCUGGUGGACAUUCUUCCUACCUGCAAUAAGACAUUCCAGGAAGCCCAGACUGAUCUGAACCACACAGCGGCUGAGCUCAACCACUCCGCAGGCGAGGUCGUUCACUCCUCCCGCGGAACGAGCAGCCAGCUGGCCGCCGCCUCCGGCAAGUUCAGCCAAGACUUUGAUGAGUUCCUGGAUGCUGGUGUAGAGAUGGCAGGACACACGCAAAGCAGAGAUGAUCAGAUCCAAGUCAUUGGUAAUCUGAAGAACAUCUCAAUGGCUUCCAGUAAACUUCUGCUGGCUGCAAAGUCUCUGUCAGUAGAUCCAGGUGCAGCCAAUGCAAAGAAUCUUCUUGCGGUUGCAGCAAGGGCGGUGACAGAGAGUAUCAACCAGCUGAUCACACUCUGUACACAGCAGGCUGCAGGACAAAGAGAGUGUGACAAUGCCUUGAGGGAAUUGGAGGCUGUCAGAGGGCUCUUGGAUAAUCCCAGUGAGCCCAUCAACGAACUGUCCUACUUUGACUGCAUUGAGAGCGUCAUGGAAAAUUCAAAGGUCCUUGGAGAGUCAAUGGCAGGCAUCUCUCAGCAUUGUAAGACAUGUGAUGUGGUGGCUUUUGGGGAGUGCGUCGGCAUCGCAUCCAAAGCCCUCUGCGGGUUGACGGAGGCUGCAGGACAGGCCUCUUAUCUUGUAGGUGUGUCUGAUCCCAAUAGCCAGUCGGGCUAUGAGGGGCUGGUCGACCCCAUCCAGUUUGCACGAGCCCACCAGGCCAUUCAGAUGGCUUGUCAGAGCUUAGUGGACCCAACUAGUAGUCCCUCACAGGUCUUGUCUGCAGCAACGAUUGUAGCGAAGCACACAUCAGCUUUGUGUAAUGCCUGCCGACUUGCGUCCUCAAAGACCUCCAACCCUGUUGCUCGGAGACAGUUUGUUCAGUCAGCCAAAGAGGUGGCCAACACCACAGCCAACCUGGUCAAGACCAUCAAGGUCAACUCGCCAACUGAUCAAAACGCUGCUAAUGGAGAUUUUUCUGAAGACAACAGAAAUAAAUGUCGAGUUGCUACCACUCCACUCCUUGAGGCAGUAGAAAAUCUGUCUACUUUUGCCAACAACCCUGAUUUUGCGAGUAUCCCAGCUCAAAUCAGCAACGAGGGUUCAGUCGCCCAGGAGCCGAUUGUUCGUUCAGCCCGCUCCAUGCUUGAUAGCUCCACUUACCUCAUAGAAACAGCACGGUCCCUGGUCCUCAACCCCAAAGAUCCCCCCACUUGGUCUAUACUAGCUGGUCACUCAAGAACAGUUUCUGACUCCAUCAAGAGCCUCAUCACUUCCAUUAGGGACAAGGCACCAGGACAGAAGGAGUGUGAUUACUCUAUAGAUAGCAUCAAUAAAUGUAUCCGGGACAUUGAGCAAGCUUCCUUGGCUGCAGUCGGACAGACCCUGCCCUGCAGAGAUGAUAUCUCCAUGGAAGCAUUGCAGGAACAGCUGACUUCAUCCGUGCAAGAGAUUGGGCAUCUGAUUGAUCCCGUCUCCACAGCCGCCCGGGGUGAAGCUGCCCAGCUGGGACACAAGGUGACUCAGCUGGCCGGCUACUUUGAUCCACUUAUUGUAGCAUCAGUCGGCCUAACCUCCAAACUGCACGACCACCAACAGCAAAUGACCAUUCUAGACCAGACCAAGACCCUCUCGGAGUCUGCCCUGCAGAUGCUUUACGCUGCCAAGGAAGGUGGCGGCAACCCAAAGGCUUCCCACACCCACGACGCAAUUUCAGAAGCGGCCCAGCUGAUGAAAGAGGCUGUGGACGACAUCAUGGUGACUUUGAAUGAGGCGGCCAGCGAGGGGGGCAUGGUCGGGGGCAUGGUGGAGUCCAUCGCCGAGGCCAUGGGCAGGCUGGAUGAAGGAACACCCCCUGAGCCUGAGGGCUCCUUUGUGGACUACCAGACCACGAUGGUGAAGUUCUCCAAGGCCAUAGCCAUCACAGCACAGGAGAUGAUGACCAAGUCGGUGACCUGCCCCGAAGAGCUCGGCGGCCUUGCCUCUCAGGCGACGGUGGACUACGGGCAGCUUGCACACCAAGGGCGCCUCGCUGCAGCCACAGCAGAGCAUGAAGAGGUUGGUUUCCAGAUCAAAACACGCGUGCAAGAGUUGGGUCACGGCUGCAUCUACUUGGUCCAAAAAGCUGGGGCCUUGCAGCUCAGCCCCACGGACAGCUUCUCCAAAAGGGAGCUCAUCGAGUGUGCGCGUGCCGUCACUGAAAAGGUGUCAUUGGUGCUGUCGGCGCUGCAGGCGGGCAACAAAGGCACCCAGGCGUGUAUCACAGCUGCGAGUGCUGUAUCUGGCAUCAUCGCCGACCUGGACACGACCAUCAUGUUCGCCUCGGCAGGAACGCUGAACCCAGAGAAUGAAGAAUCUUUUGCUGACCACAGGGAAAGCAUUUUGAAGACAGCCAAAGCGCUGGUGGAGGACACCAAGCUACUGGUUGCCGGAGCCGCAUCCAGCCAGGAGAAGCUGGCCCAGGCUGCCCAGUCCUCGGCGAAGACCAUCACGCAGCUCACCGAGGUGGUCAAACUGGGAGCGACAAGCAUGGGCUCUGAGGACCCUGAGACGCAGGUGGUUCUGAUAAACGCAGUGCGCGACGUGGCCAAGGCUCUGGCCGAACUCAUCAGUGCCACUAAGUGUGCCGCGGGCAAGCCGGCCGACGACCCGUCCAUGUAUCAGCUGAAAGGUGCCGCUAAGGUCAUGGUCACCAACGUGACGUCUCUUCUUAAAACGGUGAAGGCAGUGGAGGAUGAAGCCACUCGAGGGACGAGGGCACUGGAGGCCACCAUUGAGUUCAUCAAGCAGGAGCUGACAGUGUUCCUGUCCAAGGAAGUCCCGGACAAGUCCACCACACCUGAGGAGUUCAUCCGCAUGACAAAGGGCAUCACCUUGGCGACGGCCAAAGCCGUGGCAGCGGGCAACUCCGCUCAGCAAGAGGACGUGAUCGCCACCGCCAACCUGAGCCGCAAAGCCAUCUCUGAUAUGCUGACGGCCUGCAAGAAAGCGGCGCACCACCAAGAAGUGAGUGAGGACUUAAAAAGCAAGGCCCUGCAGUAUGGCUCCGAGUGCACUACAGGAUACGUCAGUCUUUUGGAACAAGUCCUACAGGUGCUGCAGAAGCCCACUUCGGAGCAGAAGCAUCACCUGGCCGUCCAUUCCAAGCGUGUGGCGGCAUGUGUGACGGAGCUCAUCCAGACGGCUGAGUCCAUGAAGGGAUCAGAGUGCGUGGACCCCGAGGACCCGACCGUCAUCGCAGAGAGCGAGCUCCUCGGAGCGGCGGCGUCCAUUGAAGCUGCCGCCAAGAAACUAGAGCAGCUGAAGCCCCGAGCCAAGCCCAAGCAGGCAGACGAGACCCUGGAUUUCGAGGAGCAGAUUCUCGAAGCAGCCAAGUCCAUCGCUGCGGCGACCAGCGCUCUUGUCAAGUCGGCAUCGGCGGCUCAAAGAGAGCUGGUGGCACAGGGCAAGGUUGGAUCCAAUCUCGCCAAUGCGGUGGAUGAUGGCCAGUGGUCACAAGGACUUAUAUCCGCAGCCCGGAUGGUCGCGGCGGCCACCAGUAACCUGUGCGAGGCGGCCAACGCCUCCGUGCAGGGUCACGCCAGCGAGGAGAAACUCAUCUGCUCAGCCAAGCAGGUGGCUGCCUCCACGGCUCAGUUGCUGGUGGCCUGCAAGGUGAAGGCGGACCAGGAUUCUGAGGCCAUGAAGAGGCUCCAGGCUGCUGGUAACGCAGUGAAGCGAGCCUCGGACAACCUGGUGAAGGCAGCUCAGAAAGCAGCUUUUGAAAAACCAGAAGACGACGGCGUGGUCGUAAAGACCAAAUUUGUUGGGGGGAUCGCUCAGAUCAUUGCGGCUCAGGAGGAGAUGCUGAGGAAGGAGCGCGAGCUAGAGGAAGCCCGGAAGAAGCUGGCUCAGAUCCGGCAGCAACAGUACAAGUUCUUGCCCACCGAGCUGAGGGAGGACGAAGGUUGACGGCCGGCCAAGAUGGGACGCUCACACGCCAGCGCAUCUGGCCCUUUUUUUUUACUCUCUCAUGUAACCGAGGAUUAUACAGCACUUGAAACAGGCCGGUUUGGUAAGACAGCCAAGUGCCUGUGCUUUGUCGUGUAUUUGUAAGUAAGUUCGUGUGUGUGCGUGUGUGCUGACAUUUAGAUAAAUAACGACAAUGUUUGCGACGGUACGGUGAAGUCGUGUGAGAAACGUUGUUUUGUGAGUGUUACUGCGUUGUUACCGUUCCGAAAAUGACGUGAAGAAUGCAGAAGUUCUAAAUCUAUCAUUGUUACUGAAUGUUUUAUAGUCGGUGAGCGAGUAGUCAUGAACAGGAGAUCGUGGCGGAGGAAAAGAUUUGCGUCCAGACCUUCUCUUAUGAUAUUUUAAAGGACUGAAACAAACGCAGGAGGGGGAUGUCUCACUUCACUGCUGGCUCGCAUGCACCAUCACAUUUAGACAUAUCAAUGAAGCUACUCACCAAUCAUGUAGGAGCAUAAUGACACCCAUUAAUAUGAUAUUAAAAAGAAGAAGAUCUCUUUCCAAAACUCACUAAAUGCCACAUUAAAAAAAAAAAACUUACAAUGCUGUUCUGUUGUGUACAGACUCCGUCAUAAUUUAGUUGCCGACUAUGUUUGGGGACACGGUGGAGCAACUGGUUAAAGCGUUGGCUUCACAGUUGUGAGGACAGGGGUUCAAAUCCCGUCCCCGCCUGUGUGGAGUUUGCAUGUUCUCCCCGUGCCUAUAUGGGUUUUUUCCGGGCACUUCGGUUUCCUCCCACAUCCCAAAAGCAUCCAACAUUAAUUGGAUACGCCAAAUUUCCCCGUAGGUGUGAUUUUGAGUGCGCCUGUUUGUCUUGAUGUGCCCUGCGACUGGCUGGCAACCAGUUCAGGGUGUACCCCACCUCCUGCCUGAUGACAGCUGGGAUAAGCUCCAGCACUCCUACGAGGCUCAUGAGGAUAAGCAGCUCAGAAAAUGGAUGGAUGGAUGGAUAUGUUUGGAUUGAGCAAAUUAAUCAUUUGAACUGGGUGAGUUAAUGUUUUGAAAAGUUGCUUGUCUGGUACUAAAUCAAUAUUUUGUCUUAGAAUAAUUAAUAUAGAUUUAUCACGUUUUAGAUAAGAAUCCUUCUGAUGUGAACUUUGGAGAUCACAGAAAACCUAAAAUAAAAAACAUAUAUAUAUAUAUAUUCCUUUUGGAUUAAUAUUUUAAAAGAACGUAGUUUUUCCUAUAGCGUGAACAAAAAAGUUGUCUUUCAUUCCAUCUUUUAAAAAAAAACACAAAUUCACAAAGAGCAGUGCAACAAUCUAGUUGGCAUCAUUUGUCAUAAGAAUAAUUUUGGCCAAGCUCUGACUUGUUUUGGGAUUUAUAAUGGAAAUAAUUUAAGUAGACUUGUCGCUAUCAUAAAACCUUCUCCCAUGAAACCCAUUUGCAAGUUUUUUGUCAUACAAGUGUAAGAAUAAGUUCACCUCUGUUCAUGACAACAACUGUGCAUGUGCGACUUAAGAUGUCUAUCAGAGCUAUUUAGAGCAAGUAAAAAUAUCUGCAAGCUAUCUGAAAAAUUUGCCGAGCAAUACGUCGUCAUGAGUAAUUUAGUAGGUAGGAAGUGUGACAAUAAAAUAGUGAUAUUCUGUAUUUUAUUCAAAAUUGACUAUUUUCUAGCAAAAAUACGAUAGCAAUACGAGCAUCGUGUCAGCGCAGUUGCAUGCGCACACCCACACGGCAAACAUGCUCCCAAAAAACUAAACAAAUACUGGGGUAAUAUGGGGGAAUAGUUCUAUUUUGCCAUGAAAACUCUAUUUUGCCUUCUUUAAAAGGACAUUUCACUUUCCUAAGAUUUCUUUCUUGAGAAUGUUUUUUUUUUUUCUUUUCAAAUGACCAGUAACUAUGACAGCCUUGUCUAAAUCCUGUGCAUGUAAAAGAUUUUGCAAAGUUUUAGGAGAAAACGCUUUGAUUUUGCAUCACUGGCCUGUAGCUGUGACCAGUUUGAGAGUAUAGAGUAGAUUUCAAAAUUUGUCUUGGUCAUAUCGCUACUCACAAAAUGUUCGACUUUGAGGUGACUUCUCAGGAUAUGCUUCAAAUGCUUUAUCUUAUUUAGUUAAAUUUAAUGGCCAACCAAACAAUUUACAGAUGGCUAAUACCUGUUCUGAAUUUUGUUUUUCAGCUCCUUAGUUGAGAACAGCACGUUGCACAUUUGCAGUCGAAAGUUUAGAGCACAGGUGUCAAACUCAAGGCCCAGGGCCAGAUCCGCCGAUUUUGUAUGGUCCACAAAGGCAAAUCAUGUGUGUCAACUUCCAUAAUCUUGUUAAAAUCUGGACAAAGAUUUCAAAUUCUCAGAUCUUAAAUGAUAUAACAUUGAGAUAUUGCAAGCGUGUUUGUGUUAACAAUUGUUUGACAAACCCAUUACCCUUCAUUUCUGAUUCCAAAAUUAAUUCAUAAAUUUCCUGUGCAAAUAUCAUGAGGCGAUUAAAGAUUUUUAUGGUUUCAGUAAUCACGGCCCUCUGAGGGAAACUGGAACUACAAUGUGGCCCGCAACAAAAAUGAGUUUGACACACCUGGUUUAGAAAAGCUCAUAAGCAUUUUAGGUUCAUCUUGAAAUUUCACCAGAUAACAUUUUGUGAGUAGCGUGCAUUUUCAAUCUUGAGCAUAUUUAUCAGAUAUUUACAUGACAACAAUAACAAUGAUUAGUGUCGCAAUCUCAUGAGAGCGCAUUGCAUCCGCAUUUCUCCUCAAUGGUCACGUUCGCGGAAACUCGACUGUAUCGACGCACUGGCUGGUCUUGCACUGACUGCAUGUUAUCUAUCAGAUGCACUGAAAUUGCUUCCGUUGUUUUAAAUCUAAGACAUUCCUUGACACAGUGAAAAGGUAACCAACUCAAGGUUGAGUGCGUCUUAUUUUAUGGGGAAUUUCCCAGCAGGCCAUCUCCUGCGUUGUGUCUUCGUGCCUUACUCGAUCGAGCGUGUCGUGCAAGCAGCUGAAGCUCAGGCCCGGUUGGGCCUUGAGAACAUUUUUGCCAAUCCCCCGCCCCUCCAUCAAGGCCUGAGCGCAACAAGAGGAGUCCUUUGCCAUACGAUCCGAUGCCUUUGGCUGCCGGCCUCGACCUGCCUAUAUCGCUGUCGUGGAUCCCUUUGGAUUUAGAAACUUUGAUGGAAUACUAACUGCAUUCCUUGAGCAUGUUUGUGUUUGAAGUUAUGAGAAGGUGUUUAAAAAAAAAAAAAAAAAAUUAUCCUGAAGUUGGGGUGUUGUUUCCUCGCCUGUCAUCGAACCACUUUAAAAAUAUCUGGUUUUACCAGUAAGAAUUUCCUUGAGAGACAGUCCUGGGCAAAAAGUCUGAUGCCGACACUGGCGUUGUUGUUUGGAUGAAACGUUAAUGUCGUAGUCAUGUGGAAAAAAAAUACAGAUUCCAUCAUUUUUUUUAGGGCGGGGGGCGUAAGCCCAUGUCUACCUUUAACAAGUAUUUCGAUUUAAUUUACUUUUUUGCUUAAACAGGAAGACUAGUGAUAGGCCAUAGGGUUUUUUUGCCCAGCGCUGUGUAUUUAUUGUGUGAAUGGUUUGUGCAAAUAUUCAAGCAAAGUGAGAGACGCGAAGGUGUUAUGAAUAGCUGUCGUGCUAAACUGCGUUUAGUUUGAUGACUUGAUGCUCUACGUAUGAUAUUUAUCUGGUCACAAAAGUAUUUUUUUUAUUAUCACAAAAUAAAACUGAAAAAAAUCA